AUGAAGGGAAAAGAACAUACAAAAAGAACAGGCCAGGGCCCCAAUUUGGAUCCCUGGGCAAGUGCUCUCUUGGGAUCAGGGGCUGGUCCCAAUUUGCGAGCUGCUGGUUUCAUGGGUAUGGAUCUUGCUCCCAUUUUAGGAGCAGCAGGCCUUCUUGGAGCAAAUUCAGCCUCUUUCUCACAAUCAUCUGGAAAUAUGGGUCCAAAUCCAUCUUCCAUGACAAGAGCAACAGGUCCUAUAGGCUCCAACUCAGGUCCUGGCUCUAGAAUAGUUGGCCUUCUGGGUCCAAAUUCCUCUCCUAUGCCGAGGGCUACUGGUCCCUUAGGUCCUAAUUCAGCCUUUCCAAGGCCAACUGGCCCCUUAGGUGUAAACUCUGCUCCCUUUCCAAAGGAGACAAAUCCUGCAGGCUUGAACCCAGCUACAUUUUCGCAGGCCACCAGCUCACUCAAUUCAAACCCACCUACCUUUCCACAUUCUACUGGUCUUCAGGCUACCAGUACAGCAAUUUUUCCAAGGUCAUCUGGCCCCUUGGACCCAAACUCAGCUAACUUCCUUGCUAACUUCCCAAGAUCAGUUGGACUGCAAGGCCCAAGUCCAGCUACUUUCCCAAGAUCCACCGGCCCAUUAGGUCCAACACCAGCAAGUGGCCCAGGCAUAAACCCAGCUCCUUUUCCAAGGCCAUCUGGUCCCCUGGGUAUAAACCCAUCUUUUCCUAAGGUCAAUGGCCCCAUAGUAAAAACUGUGGUACCAUUUCCUAGGAGUGGAAGCCUUUUCGGCCCCAGCCCAACAGCUUUUCCUAGACCAGGUGGCCCACUGGCCACAAUGUACUCAAAUGGAAUGCUGCCACCCUAG